CCUCCUCCUCCUCGUAUUCGGAAACGGGAUGUGAUGUAAAUACACAGAAACUUUUUUUUUUCCUUCCCUGCUCCUCUCUGCGGAGUGUGCAGAGCUUCUCUCCACCUCAAACACACCGCUGGAGGAAAAGUCGCAGAAAGAAGACGAAAAAAGACGUCAAAUGAAGUGAGUCAGGGAAUGAAUUCGGAGGUAAAGACACCGUCGCUUUUCUCCACCAUGAUCCUGUGAGCUCCUCCGUCUGUCUGCGACCGCAAACCUCCGAGCAGCCGGGACUGAACUCCGAGAAAAAACGGAUCCGAGCGGUGAGGAGAGAAGAGGAGCUCACCGCUGCUGCUGCUGCUUGUUGUGGAUCCGGAGGGAGCGCGCGGACAGAGAUGUAGCAUGUGUUUUGGUGAGAUUGUUGGACCAUCAUGCACCUCUUCCUGCUGCUGAUCCUUCAAGCCACAGCAGCUUUUGGACAGAUCGACCCUGUACACUGUCGCUAUGCCUUGGGCAUGGAGGAUGGUCGCAUUAAAGAUGAUGACAUCACAGCUUCCAGCCAAUGGUACGAGACCACAGGACCACAGUACGCCAGGUUGAAUCGUGAGGAGGGAGAAGGUGCCUGGUGUCCUGAGGGACAGCUGGAGCCUUCAGACAGUCAGUACCUGCAGGUGGACCUGGGCAGGCUGACUUUCCUUACCGUGGUCGGGACUCAGGGACGAUACGCCAGGAACUCUGGGAACGAGUUCGCCCGAGCUUACCGCCUCAACUACAGCAGGGACGGCCUGCUGUGGAAGUCUUGGAAAAACCGGCUAGGAAACACGGUGAUGCAGGCCAACAAAAAUGCCUACGCCUCCGUCAUCAACGACCUUCACCCUCCAGUCAUCACUCGUUAUGUGCGGCUGAUCCCGGUCACCACGUUGUCGACAACUGUGUGCAUGCGAGUGGAGCUGUACGGCUGUCCGUGGGAGGAUGGUCUUGUCUCAUACAGCGCUCCAGAGGGUCAGCUCAUGAUGCCGCCCGGUUACCCCAUCGCCAGCCUCAACGACUCCACGUAUGACGGAGAUCAUGACAAGAGGAGGCUGUUUGGCGGGAUGGGUCAGCUGACGGACGGAGUGAUCGGUAUGGACGACUUCCUUCUGACUCGUCAGUACCAUGUGUGGCCAGGCUACGACUACCUUGGCUGGAGGAAUGACUCGCUGGGAACUCAGGGAUUUGUGGAGAUGGAGUUUGUGUUCGACAGGCAGAGGAACUUCACCUCCAUGAAGGUUCACAGUAACAACAUGUUCUCCCGCGGUGUGAAGAUCUUUGCCUCUGUUUCCUGUUGGUUUAAGCCUCGCUUUGCUGGCUGGGAGGCGGAGGCAGUGGCGUUCAAGACGGUCUUGGACGACAGAAACCCGAGUGCCCGCUACGUCACUGUCCCUCUGAACCGCCGCACGGCCAAAUCCCUCCGCUGCCGCUUUAACUUCGCCGACGUCUGGAUGAUGUUCAGUGAAAUCUCCUUUCAGUCUGAGGACACCGUCCUCUCCACACAGAUGACCAUGGCGGUGACCUCCUCUCCAGCCAAUAAGGAUAGCACCAUGCCAACGACGCUACAGACAGCUAAUCCAUCCGCCAGUGACCCUCCAGAUGACGGGAAAACGCCCAUUCUGAUUGGCUGCUUGGUGACCAUCAUCCUACUGCUGGUCAUCAUCAUCUUCCUCAUCCUGUGGUGCCAGUAUGUCUGUAAGGUGCUGGAGAAGGCUCCACGUCGGAUCCUUGACGAGGAGGUGACAGUUCGGCUGUCGUCCUGCAGCGACACCAUCAUCCUCCAGACCCCCCCUGUGCCCCCCCGCUCUGGUCAUGCCUCCACAGGCCCCGCCAACACUGACCCUCACUAUGAGAGAGUGUUCCUGUUGGACCCACAGUACCAGAACCCGGCCGCGCUGAGAAACAAGCUGCCGGAGCUGUCGCAGAGUGCAGAGGCCUCAGCUCUCCUCCUCGGUAAUCCUCUCUAUGACCUCAUCCUGCUGACUUCCUGUUACAUGACGUCAGGCUGGCUGCGUGCUUGUGGAGGAGGUUACGCAGAGCCAGACAUCACCCAGUGCACUCCCCACCAGUGUUUCCAUAGCAACGCACCGCACUACGCCGAGACGGACAUCGUGCGGUUGCAGGGCGUCACAGGAAGCAACAUGUACGCCGUCCCCGCCCUCACUGUGGACUCUCUCACCAGAAAGGACAUCUCGGCGGCGGAGUUCCCUCGGCAACAGCUGAUCUUCAGGGAGAAACUGGGGGAGGGGCAGUUUGGAGAGGUCCACCUGUGUGAGGCCGAGGGUCUACCAGAAUUCCUUGGGGAGGGGUCGCCUCUCCCUGACAGAGAUGAACAUUCAGUGCUUGUGGCUGUUAAACAGCUGAGGGCCGACGCAACCAGCCAAGCCAGGAACGACUUCCUGAAGGAAAUAAAGAUCAUGUCUCGUCUGAACGACCCCAACAUCAUCCGACUGCUUUGUGUGUGCGUGUCGUCCGACCCGCUGUGUAUGGUGACGGAGUACAUGGAGAACGGCGACCUCAACAUGUUCCUCUCACAGCGGGAGAUCGAGAGCACGCUCACACACGCCAACAACAUCCCCUCAGUCAGUCUAUCCGACCUCCUUCACAUGUCGGUGCAGAUCUCGUCGGGGAUGAAGUACCUGGCGUCUCUGAACUUUGUGCACCGUGACCUAGCCACCAGGAACUGCCUGCUGGACCGCCGUCUCACCAUCAAGAUUGCGGACUUCGGAAUGAGCCGAAAUCUUUACAGCAGCGACUACUAUCGCAUCCAGGGCCGGGCGGUGCUGCCGAUACGAUGGAUGGCCUGGGAGAGCAUCCUGCUGGGUAAGUUCACCACUGCCAGUGAUGUGUGGGCGUUUGGUGUCACCCUGUGGGAGAUCUUCACACUGUGUAAGGAGCAGCCCUACAGCCUGCUGUCUGACGAACAGGUCAUAGAGAACACUGGCGAGUUCUUCAGGAACCAGGGCAGACAGAUCUUUCUUUACGGCCCUCCACUCUGCCCACCUUCACUCUUCGAGCUGAUGAUGCGCUGUUGGAGCCGAGACAUACCGGACCGACCCACCUUUGAGGGACUCUACCAGGCCCUGAGGCCCCACGUCAACCAGUGAGCCGAGGCCUGGAGGACGUACCACUCAGGGUCUCAUUCAUGGUGGGUUUGUUCAUCUUUGGACUCCUGUAAGAAGACAAACUGACACGAGAGGACAGAGGACUGGAAUUGCGUUGCGAGAGAGUUGCUGUCAUGAAGAAUGAAAUAACUGUGGUCCGAUGGAUGGUUUACAUUGUGGUAACAACGGCGCUCUAUUCUGCAAGACACGAUGUAGAAGAGAGACGGCUGGUCGACUUAUUGGAGAAGCUUCCUGUGACUCAAAAUGUUUAAAUCAAAACCUUUUUUCAGUCGAUAGUGAACAAAGAUUUUUAAGCUUUUGAAGAUUUCUAUCAUUUGUGAUUUCACAGUACUAUCUUUUGUAAGCCCUCUUGACCAAAAUGUCUUGUUUGACCUUUUCACUUAACUUUCUUUCUGUCCUAAACUUUGUUUUUUCCUCGCUUUGGCUUUUUAAAGAAGCCAAAAACUGGACGGACUCUUCAUCAUGGUAGUUUCUCCUUUCCCUGUGGUUUUUAUUGUUAAUGUAAAGCACUGUCUGUGUCUCUCAGUUAUUCAUGUUCUUAUAUUAACCCACACUGGAGCUAGGGCUAGGGUCAAAUUGUAGAGUAGUUGUAUUUUUUAGAUUUUAAUUCUAUUUUAUUGUUCUGGUUUUUACAGUAUUUCAUAUUUGUUGGUCUUGGAUGUUGAUAUGAAUGUUGUUCAGCUGAGGUUCACGUUAAGGUGCCGGGAGGCUGCGUUGAAACCUGUGGGGUUCACGGACUGAAAAUCAGUCUGAUAAUCGUGGGUGACUGUCUCGAUUCUCGAUAUUGAAACCAAUAAGUAAAAUGUGUUGUGCCUUUUUUGUUGCCAAAGAGAAAUAAAGUAUGUAAGUAAUAAAAAAUUGUAAAACCA